ACAUUUCCCUAUAAUGCCAGGUUUUUUUAUUGGUAGGCUACGUGCAGCUGCGCUGUCAGAAUGCGUGACUGCUCUGACUUUCAUUGUGCGCUCCGUGCGCCGCGCCUCUCUGCUUUCCUUUAGCCUCGAGAUCCGAAGCCGCGCAUACAGACUUGCCCGCGCACAGGAUUACUGAUAGGCUUCUGGUCAACCCCAUUUUCAUAGGAUAGGAUAUGCCAGUCCAGGAGUCGACAAAGUAGAACAGAACCCCGACAGGUUAUUCGUGCGCCUGUCCUGAACCCAGCCGGAGAUGCCCAGACCGUUUAUACAGCUUAUUCAGUAUCCUGUAGGACCGGAUGAAGCCAUGCAAGCCGGUACUGAUGAGAAGUGAAGUGGAUGGAGUGGCUCCCUUUACCGACUUUUCUGAUGUUAACGACCACAGGAUGGAGAAACAGACCUUGGUGACGGCUAUCAGUUUGUCCAUGAGCCUGGCGUCAAUGGCGCUUCUCAUCGCAGCUAUCAUGACCGACCACUGGUACGAGACGGACACCACACGGCACAGACAAAAUUGCGAUCAGUUCGGGCCGGACGCAAACGACCAAAAGAACCGGCUAAUGCCCAUCUAUCACCUGCCACUCAUGGACAGCAGCCAUCCUCGAAGAAACCAAGCGUUACUCCGGGCCAUACAUGUCGGGAGUAGAGAGGAGGAGCUCCUGGAAAACUGGAGGUCAAUUUUGGGAAUGGGAAUUUUAGAAACUGAAUGUGGGCGACCUCUUUUCUCCACUUACUCUGGACUUUGGAAGAAGUGUUAUCAGCUCGGUAAGGACAGGGACAUCGACAACCUCAUUGCCAAGGGUAUAGCCCAGCGCUGCACCAACAUCAAGUACCAUUUCUCCCAGCCCAUCCGGCUCCGCAACAUCCCUCUGAACUUGACCCGUACCAUCCAGCAGGAUGAGUGGCACCUCUUACACCUGCGACGGAUCACAGCAGGGUUUCUGGGCAUGGCGGCCGCUGUCCUGUUGUGUGGCUGCAUCCUGGCAUCUGUCAGCUUCGCCUGGGAGAGGAGUCUUACUCAGCAUGUCUCUGGGCUGCUCUUCCUCAUGGCAGGGAUCUUCUGCACCAUCUCCCUGUGUACCUACGCAGCCAACGUGUCCUACGACCUGGCCAGGGUCCCUCCCUUCAUCUACGGGCUGCCUGCUGACGUGGAGCAUGGCUACAGCUGGUCCAGCUUCUGUGCCUGGCUCAGCCUGGGGCUGACCGUCGCGUCUGGGUGUCUGUGCACCACCUUCCCAGUCCUCAGCUGUCACAGCGCCAAGGUCCGGCAGGGCAAGGCCUCCCCCGGUGGCGGCGUGUGAUGCAGUGUUUUACACGAAACCGAUCCUUGUGAAACGCUCACACUCAGGGCCCUAGCAGGGGUCUGCAGGCCGGGGCUGGGUCUGAUGGACACCUUGCAGCAUCGGAGCGGCAGUGAGGGCCUCCAGACCAAGACCAUAUCGGUCUGACACCUGUCAGCAGUCCGUAGGAGUAACACCCUUUUCUGUCUAAAAAACAUCUGAAUAGAACUCUGAAUAGAAUUAUGGAAGCAUUAAUGUCAGCUACUCCCAUGCCUUCAGGCUUUUUGGUGGUCUUUGUGCACUUUUGUCUGUGAUUCAGCCCACGACUGCCUCUGCAUAUUAUACUGUAUAUCCUGUGUGGGGAGGAGGAGGGUGUUCUAUACAAAUCACAAUAGAAAAUAAGAAAGAACUUGAUUAAAGAUGGACAUCUACUCUAAUCAAAACCGACCUAUCAGAAUAUAUACAGCAGCUCUCAGAAGCAUUCUCCCAUGGACAUUUACACAUUUUAUUGUGUUAACCCCCUUUAAAAAUUCUUAUUAAAUCAAUUUUGAUUUCAUGUCAUAAAAACAUAUUUCUGAGAGUCCUGUAGACUGUGAUAUUAGGCAAAAUGCCUUGGAAUACAUUCACAACAUUUAAGAUCGACUACAUUACUCCAAUAUCAUAACUAUGAUACAUAACAUAUUCCCUGAUGUCUAUCCCAUGUGUGAAAAAUGCAUGUUUUUUGUGGUGUCUGCAUUUUAAAAGAAAUCUUCAAUCUA